AUGGAUGGUCUCAAGUUAUUCGCCUCCAGUCGCUCCCAUCUUAUGGAACUGCUAAACAUCACUUGUGAUUUUAGUACUAGUAGUUCUAUUAGAAUGGAGCUGGGGACGGAUAAGUGUGCGGUCCUCCGUGUUGAAAGGGGAAGAGUUGCUAGCUCUGAGGGCAUAGACUUAUCUAUGCCCAUCAACAUAAGGACCCUUUCCGAAGCUGAAACAUACCGAUACCUGGGUGUGUCACAGAACAUCGGUGUAGAUGAGGCGCGUAUGAAACAGUCAUGCUUAACAGCCUUUUGUUCGGUGUGUAUAAGACGCACGCAUAUAACGGUUGGAUCAUGCCUGUUCUCAUGUAUACCCUUGGCAUACUCAGGUGGACUCAUCUCAGACCGAACUGAAUGCUCUGGACAGAAAAGUCCGCACUAUCAUGACGUCCCACAGGAUGCAUCAUCCGAGAUCAACAGUAAUGAGGCUGUACUUGUCGCGGAAGCAUGGUGGACGCGGCUUUUUAAGCGCGCUUACCAUGCAUAA